AUGCACGCUGCAGUGUUCUCUGGCUGCGGAUCUGAUGCAGCCUCCGGCUUCCCUCUCCGCAGCGUGUCGGAGGUUGGGCUGAGCCGCCUUUUGUACCAGCCGCGUAUACAAACUGGUAUCUUAAAAGCAUUUAAUAAUCCAACUACUAAGACAGCAGAUGAAGAAACUAGAAGAAAAGUCAAAGCAUAUGGAAGAGAGGGUGUGAAGAUGAACUUCAUAGAUAGGAUCUUUGUUGGUGAAUUGACUAGCACUGUCAUGUGUGAGGAAUGUGAAAAUAUUUCAACAGUAAAAGAACCUUUCAUUGAUCUUUCACUUCCUAUAAUAGAGGAGAGGGUUGCAAAACCUGUGCCUUUGGGAAGAACAGGUAAAGGUAAAAGUGUACAAGAGGCAGAUCUUGGUCAAUAUAACUGUUCUUCUAUCACUACACUGAAUAAUCAACCCAAAAUUGUCAAGAAACACACUUUAACAAAAGAUAAGAAUCAAUUGAACCAGGAGAGACGGCUUGCCAGAAAAGCUUCCUCUAAUGAAGAAGAAAAAAGUCCUGUUAUCAUGCAGGAAAAAACCAAAAAGCUUGAGCUUGAAGGUAGCUCUGGCGUCUUGUACUCCAAAGACACAACUGCUGACUCCGCUGUAAAUGGAAGUCAGACGGAUGGCAGUGAGAAGGAAGCCAGCCGCUCUGAAAGCAGCUUUGAUGCAGACAGUGAAGCCUCAGAAAGCGAAAGUGCUUCUAAGCAAACAGCUUUCAGCCCGUCCAGCAACAUGUCUGGUUUGCACGUCAACCACGUAAAUGUUAAAAUGCCGCAUAACAAACCAAGUGACAGUAAUGAUGAGAUGCUUUCCAGUGCCAUAUCCAAACUCAGCCUCUGUGGUACUAUAAAUGAAGAUAAAAAAUCGAGCCGUGGGGAUCCAGCAUUAGGUUUAUCGAAUAAUUCCAUGUUCUCAGUAGACAAAGCCCCGCUAUCCCAAAACCCUCAAAAUGCUUUCCAGACGCUUUCCCAGAGCUACAUAACUAGCUCAAAGGAAUGUUCUGUUCAGUCCUGCCUUUACCAAUUCACCUCUGUAGAGCUCCUGAUGGGGAACAACAAGCUUUUAUGUGAGAGCUGCACAGAAGGGAAACAGAAGUAUCAGAAGAAAACCAACUCCACAGAAAAGAAAAUGGAAGGUGUCUACACAAAUGCUCGGAAACAGCUGCUGAUUUCUUCAGUUCCUGCUAUUCUUAUUCUCCAUCUGAAAAGAUUCCACCAGGCUGGUUUGAGUCUACGGAAAGUAAAUAGGCAUGUGGAUUUCCCACUGAUUUUAGACUUAGCACCAUUUUGUUCUGCAUCUUGCAAGAAUGUUACGGAUGGUGCAAGAGUGCUAUAUAGUCUUUACGGAAUAGUGGAGCACAGUGGGUCAAUGAGAGGUGGUCAUUAUGCGGCGUAUGUGAAAGUCAGGACACCCUCCAAGAAAUUACUAGAGCAUAUUUCUACCACUAAAAAUGUUCUGGGUUUAAAAGAAGCCAUGGGAGCAUCAGGAGGACAAUGGGUGUAUGUUAGUGAUGCCCAUGUUCAGAUGGUUCCAGAAUCAAGAGUACUAAAUGCACAAGCAUAUCUACUUUUUUAUGAAAGAUUAUUACUAUAAUUCUCAACAGUUUAAUUUAAAAGAUGGUAGUGGUUAUUUAGUUUAUCUUAUUUAAAGCUGCAGUGGUAAGAGUACCUGUAAAUAUCGUGCCUUUAUCUUGUAGAGAAUUUAUCGUAUGUUGACUCUAAAGUUCAGUCAAGCUACUAUAAAUAUCUGAAUGGUUCUCUUAAAGCACGCACUUUGCCAAACAUUUAAAAUUCCUGGAUUCAUUAAAAUCCAGUACUGUUAGAAUGUAAGAUGAUGUCCUAUCCUACUGAGGUCUGUGGAAAGUUUGUUCUUGAUUUUAAUAAAGAUAAGCUUUCACCUAUAGUUCUGCAACAGUUGAGAAUAAAAACACUGAUAGCGUCAAGUGCCUGGAUUUGCUGGUGUACAGUAACAAUAUAAAGUAUUUCAACUUUUUGUGAUCUAGUCCAGAUCCUUCCCGUCACUGGGUUGGAUGUCAGCUGUUAAGAUUUCUGCAGACAAGAACCUGUCAAAUCGUGUUGCUUCCACAUGUAGUAAUUGGAAAGCACAGUGCUUCCAGAAUGGAGUAACAACAGCUGUCUCUGGGUAAUGCUGCAGUGCACCUUCCUGAUAGAGCUGGGAAUAGAUUGGGAAAAUACAGCUUCUACAAAGUGACAGUGAAUCCUCAGACACCCAGUACCCUUUCAGCUGUCUCCAACUGGCACUGGUAUAGCAAUGUACUCCUGUUUUAACAUAAAUAUAUACAUACUUGGUGUGCAUAUGUAUAUCCUCUGAUAUAUAUAUAUACACGUGUGUGUGUGUAUAUAUGCACACCAUAAAUACAUCAAUAUAUAUUGUCAUUUUACCUACUAGGAAAGAGAAUUGCAAAUACUUCUGUAUUUAGUAAAUUGUCAACUUCAUAAUUAUGACAAUGUACAGCAUAUAAGCCUGUGUAUGAAUAUGUAUGGGGUUUAAGUGUAACUGGGAAAUUCUGUUACUUUUGGUUCUAAACAUGAAUUUGUUUAUCUGUUCCUGAAUACUUUUCUCACAGGAGUAAUAAACUAUAAAUUAUU